AUGCCUGUUUUUAACGUCACCGCCGAUGGCAUCCUGUUCGAUAUGGACGGCACGCUGAUCAGCUCGACUGCUGCGCUGAGCGCAGUUUGGGUCGAGUUUGCGAAGCAGUACGACAUGGACUUGAAUGAUUUGCUCGAAAACUCGCACGGCAAGCGUACCAACGAGAACCUGCGCGAGCGUCUCCCGCAGUUGACCGACAAGCAGUGCGAUGACGAGGCGGUCCGCUUCGAAAACCGGAUCAUUGAAAUAUCGGACGAGAAACGUGCCAAAUUAACGACGGCGCCUGAUGCGAAAGACCCGCAGGGCACGAUCGUGGGCCUUCCUGGCGUCAGGUCUUUGCUGAGCCAGCUGAACCAACACAAGCGCCCCAACCGUGACAGCUGGGCGAUUGUGACCAGCGCUACGGGCGACUAUGCUCGCCAAGCGUUCCUUUCCACCAAGUCGGCUGGCCUCCCUGCCGUGUUUAUCUCUUCAGAUGAGGUGAAUAACGGCAAGCCGGACCCUGAGCCGUAUCUCAAGGGUGCGCAACUGAGUCACUUUGACAUCAAGGACACCAUUGUCUUUGAGGACGCCCCGGCUGGCGUACUUAGCGGCAAGCGCGCUGGUGCGCGUGUUCUUGCGGUCACAACCACCCACGACGCUCAGCGUCUGUGGGAUAACGGCGCAGACUGGGUCGUGGACACUCUCGAUAAGGUCUCGGCUCACUGGGAGGGCGAUGUGCUGCAUCUCACCAUUGACUCGAACGAGAAGCCACAAUAA